AAAAAAAUUGUUCAUUCUCAAACGACGACGUUUUAGUGUUGACGUUUUGAGUAGUAUGCAAAUUUGCUACUACUACUUUUCUCGUGACCUUUGGAUUUCCUCUCUCUGUAUUGUGUGAUUUUACUACGAAACCAACCCACUUGGCACCAAAGGAAGAUACUGUAUCUAAGAGAUGAUUCUUCUUCCGAGAAUUGGGUAAAAUCUCAGAAUUCUGAGUUUCUGGAUUGAAGAACCGGUAACCUGUUGUGAGUUCGCGGGUUUUGGUGGUCUGAUGGCUUGUUCUGAUGGUACAUUCACGCGAGUGUUUGAUAUAGGAGUAGAAGGAGAAGAGUCUUUCUAUGCUCCUGGUGAUGAUAUCUUCACUCAACCACUAACGAUGUCUAUUACCAAGAACAUUCCAAAACCUCCCCCUCUUCCUUGUUUUACCUUCCAGCGUUUUCAAGCUUCCAGAAGGACACCUUCAAGCUUAUCCCGCCUUGUUGUACCCAAAGAAGCAGUAGAAACUUGGGACAAGCUUUUCAAGGAAGGAUUUGGAUCAGAUACCUAUGUUGAAAUCGAUAACAAAUCUCGGUUUCUAGCUCAUUCAAGUGUCUUGGCUGCAGCCUCACCCGUUAUGGCGAAACUUUUGAACAAAUCAAGGGAUAAAAAUGGGAAAACAUACCUCAAAAUCUUCGGAGUGCCUUAUGAAGCAGUUUACAUGUUCAUUCGGUUUCUAUACUCUUCCUGCUACGAGGAGGAAGAAAUGAAGAAGUUUGUGCUCCACUUAUUGGUUCUGUCACACUGCUACUCUAUACCAUCUCUUAAAAGAGUUUGUAUAGAGGUUCUCGAUAAUGGAUGGGUUAACAAGGAGAAUGUGAUCGAUGUGCUUCAAUUGGCGCGGAACUGCGAUGCGACUAGGAUUUGCUUUGUAUGUUUCUCAAUGGUCAUCAAAGACUUCAAAUCUGUAUCAUCAACAGAGGGAUGGAAAGUGAUGAAACGAGCUAAUCCUCUGCUUGAACAAGAGCUCGUUGAGGCAGUCAUUGAAGCAGACACUCGGAAACAAGAGAGAAGGAGAAAACUUGAAGACAGAAAAGUGUAUCUGCAGCUUUAUGAAGCCAUGGAAGCUCUUGUUCACAUAUGUAGUGAAGGUUGUGGGACAAUUGGACCUCGCGAUAAGGCUCUUAAAGGAAGCCAAACCGUGUGUAAGUUCCCGGCGUGUAAAGGGAUUGAAGGUGCACUCAGACAUUUCUUGGGAUGCAAGUCUAGGGCUUCAUGUCCUCAUUGCAAAAGGAUGUGGCAGCUUCUUCAGCUUCACUCUUGUAUCUGUGGGGAUUCAGAUUCUUGCAAAGUCCCUCUCUGCUGGAAUUUCAAGGUGAAAAUGAAGAAGCUUAGCAAGAAAGAAGAAUCUACAUGGCGAUUGCUUGUAGAGAACAUUAUUACGGCGAAGAACAGUCUCGGGCCGUUCUCUUUACCUUCACGUCCUUCUGUUUUGAGAUAAGAAGGUUUUAGUGUAGUAUAGCCACAAAAAGAAACGUAUAUAUGCAGUGUAAAGUGUAUAUUGCAUACGGCGCACAUUAGAGGUCUUGAACGAACAUUGUCUAUACCAUGUCUGUUAUAAUACAACAUGCCGAAUCGUGAUCCGUGACAGUAAUGUCAAGAAGUUCUUGCAUCAUUGUACACAUCUUAUGUAUAUUUAUAUGUUAGAUAUUCAAAUCUAUAAUAUUAUUGGUCGUAAACGA